ACAUACACACAGUGGGACCAUCGGCAGUGAAAAUGCAGAGCUUCCCAGCUUAUAGAUAAGGGACCAAGUGAAAGCAAGCGAUAGGGAGUGAGAGAGAGUGAGAGAGAGGAAAACACAAGAAGAAAAGAGAUGCCACAGUGAAACUCAAUGAAGCUGUCUUUCACACCAAAUUCUGCAGACUUCAGAGCCACAUCGAAGGACGUGUGGAGAAAUAAAUACCUGAAAUCUGGAAUAGGUGCAUUACAAAACUGCAACCGGUGUCCAUCUACGCCCAGAGCAGGACAGAGUUACUGGUCUUACAGAUCAACUCCAGGACUCAACACAUCUUGCUAAUGCCAGGAUCCACCUGAACCAGAGGGAUAAUUCAUAACUAUUAAAAUUUUUAAAAGGCUUGGAUUUAGUGCUUUUCUUUCAAGGAUCUACCAAAGAAAUCUACCAAUUUCACUCCCUUUUUGCGUGACUUUUUUCAAAUUGGAGCGUGGUUCCAGCUGAUGCACUCCUAACCAUGGCUGGUGCCAAAGGUUGCUCAACCACCUCCAUGCGUUGCUUCUCUUUCCUCCUGCUCCUUUCAGGGCUUUUCUCUGGGGAAUCCAGUCCCAUCAGUUCUCCAGAGAGGCACAGAAUUGCCCCUGGGCUUGACGAUGGCCGUGGAGGGGUUGUGGACCUUUCUCUUCUAGAGCAGGACAGUGAAGUGGAUAUGCAAAAUCUGCUGGAGACCCUGCGGGGACAGUUCCUGCGGACCUUCAACCUGUCAGGACACGGACCCCCCAUGCAGCCUGGCGCACCCCGAGUGCAGCCUCCGGAAUACAUGCUGGAAUUGUACAACCGGUUUGCUAACGACCGAACUUCCAUGCCAUCUGCAAACAUUGUACGCAGCUUCAAAAACGAAGAGUCCAGCCCAAGCAACGUGGGUCCCGACGGCAUGAGACGACACCCCCUUCUUUUCAACAUUUCCAUCCCAAGUCAUGAGCGCGUUAUAGCUGCUGAGCUCCGUCUCUACACCCUCGUCCAGAUCGACAGGCGUCUGUAUGCUGGCGUCGACCGGACAGUGACAGUUUAUGAGGUGAUUCCACGAAAUGACAGUUGGUCCAAAGACGGAGAAGAGGAACCGACGCAGCUAGUGGAGUUGGCAUCACGGCAGGUUUAUGGCACGGACAACGGCUGGGAGACUUUUGACAUGACCGUUGCCAUGCAACACUGGCGCAGGUCCGAUUACGGCAACACCCACAGACUGGAGGUUCAUAUUGCAAGUUUAAACUCACAGAAUGUGUCAGAGAUUGAAGGUCCUGCCACACGGGGGGACAUGGAAAUCGAUACCAGUCCAGAAGAGAGGCACAAACCUCUGAUAAUUGUUUUCUCCAAUGACCAGAGCACGGAUCACAGAGGAGAAAAACAGGAGUUGAAUGAGAUGAUCAAGCAUGAAAUGCCUGACAUGGGUCCGAAUGACAACCUGGGGAUGGAACUCAUGGAUCUCUGGGGGGACCUAAGGAGUAUGGAACAAGAAGGAGAUAGCAAAGAAGAGGAACCAGAUGAAGAAGCUCUCCUGCAGAUGCGUUCCAACCUCAUUUAUGACACAGCCUCCAGGAUUCGAAGGAACGCAAAGGGAAACCAGUGCAAGAAGAGUUCCCUAUACGUCGAUUUUAAGGACAUUGGUUGGGACUCUUGGAUCUUAGAACCUCAGGGCUAUGAGGCAUAUGAAUGCACAGGAGUCUGCACGUACCCCCUAACCAAACAUGUCACUCCAACCAAGCAUGCCAUUGUGCAGACUUUGGUCAGCCUUAAAAGUCCAAAGACUGUUUCCAAGGCUUGCUGUGUCCCCACAAAGCUUGACCCCAUAUCGCUUCUCUACCUGGAUGAUGCAGGUGUGGUCACCUACCAGUACAAGUUUGAAGGCAUGGUAGUGGCAGAGUGUGGUUGCAGAUAGUCCGAAAAGCAUUUGGUGGGGAAGUUUUAAGGUUUGGUAAAGGACACUGAGAAAUGGAUACAUUUCUAUGUCUUGGAGGAAAAGAGACUGCAGUUCCAGGUCAACAGGAUAAAAUCAAGACAUAAGAAGUCCCACAGUUAAAGGGCUGUUCUUUCUUAACGUAACAUCAAGAAACUUUAAGACCUUUAGGAUCUGGUGAUGCUUUCAUAUUUAACUUUUUCAAAAGGGACAGUAGAAAAGAAAGAAGUCUAAAAAGAAGAAAAAAAAAUAUUAGUGCUUCUGUAUAGACAUUGCCUUCGGUGAGAGUUUGCUUGAGGUUCAUUUCAAUAAAAAGAGAAGGAUUCGAAGGCCAAAUGUACAACUCAUAACAACCCUCUUAUCAGUCUCUGAAUCACUAAUUCCAGACUGAGGGGAAAACAAUACAACAAACCACUAAAUCAACUUCCUCAAGAUGACUACAGCCAUAGUCAGAAAACUGUCGGGGUGUUGCAUUGUAUUUUGAUGUUUUCUGGGUGUGAUAGUUGACCUGAACUACUCGUACCAAAGAUACACUCCUGGCCUUUUCAAUGGCGACUCCAUUUUACAUCAACAAAGUUCUUUGUCUAAGGAGGUCGCUCAGAAACAUAGAACACUGGUUUUGGGGGGGCCUGUGAACUCUAAAAAAACUGUAAAGUCACUCCCCAUGGAAACCCCCAGCAUCCAGUCUCUGUAGCAUCGUAUCUACAUCCUUCUCUGUCCUGUGUCAAUACACAACUUCCUGCGUAACUGCAAGCAUUUGAUAUGAACCAUCCAAGGCAAAGCAGUAUUGGUUAUCUGGGAAGUCUUUGAGGAACGGAAAUGUGUGAAACUAACCAGAAUGAUCUAGCGUGAGAUGGUCUACCGGUCAAUGAGAAAAAAUGAGCAGUAUUCCUGUUUUUGUUUUGCAUGGACACCCUCUGGUCAUUCUGGACAUGCAAAAUGUAUGGACCUUGUCCAGGUAUCAGACAGCGAUCGCUAUUUAGAUGCCUAAACUCAGUUCCAAGAACGUUCCUCUGUUUAAUGCGCACAUGGUCAGUCAGAUUCAUGAACUUUAAAAUUCUAUUUAUGUUUUGCAUCUUUUAAUAGUUUGUAUCUUCAUGCCUUACCGCAAUACUGUGUAGUUUGCAAAGCAAAGCUUUGGAUCACCAACUGUACUAUCAGGCCCAAGAAAGGAGCAGAAGAACAGAAGAUGGAGGAAGUUGCACGCUCUUUCCAAUGUCCAAGGCAUGGCAGACUGCAUCAUAAGAGUGCUGGUGGGUGUGAGGUGGAGGGGUAGAGGUUAUAGGGUUAUCUGCAUUCUGUUGCCUUGCAUGCCGUGAGAGCUAAGCUCCCAGGCCUUGAGCAGUCCAUGAUAAGAAGGUGUUGGAGCUGAGAAACAUGCAAGUGACCAUUUCAAGCAACUAGGGCUGUCAAGAUUCCACUGGGCUUAAACGUUACUUCAACUCCCUGACCCUAAUCUGGUCUGACGGGAAGGAAUUACUGUCCAUGGACACUGGCUCACAGUCCAUCCUUGCUAUUAUAUAUAUAUAUUUUUUUUAAAAAUUACUAAACUGUAUGUUUGCUCAUGAUUGAGGUGGUGAGCUUCAAGGGUAUGUCGUUGGUACAUUUCACCUGAGGAAGUGAAGUAUGUAUUUUUUCUUACUAAAUACACCUUUAAAACACAAUACCUUUAAGACUUUCACUUAUUUAAGGGGUAUAAUUAUACCUUAAGGACCAUGCUUGUACCUUAAAUGAGAUUUAAACGUAUUCCGAAUUUAGUACGUAGGACGUAGCCUUGAGGGUCCCACCAUAGUGACAAGCCGUGGUACAGUUUGGUUUCUUUUUCGAACCGCAUUCUACCCCUGUUGAAUUUCUUCACAAAUCAAGGAACCAACAAUCAAAAAAAGAAAAAGAAAAAGAAAACGCAUUGAGAAAUGAUUAGCAUGAUCUUUUGAACACAGCUAGCUGCUAGCUUUGGGGUAAAAGGACUUUUUUUUUGUCAACAAGAAACACAUGAUUAUAUUAGCUACUAGCUGUAUAAUGCAUCAACUUUUAUUUGUUUAGCUCUUUUAAAAAUACACACUGUCACUAAGCAAAUGGAUAGAAAUCCAGAUCUAGAUCUAGAUCCUUAAGCAAAGAAAAAAAAGUGUUGAGGAAAGAACUCCCUGAGACAGUAUGUGGAAGAAACCCUUGAAAGGAACCAGUGGCAUGUAUACACAUAUAGCUAAUGUCUAUUUUAACAGACAGCUUAUGCUAAUCAGCAAUUCCAGUUCCACUCACUGCUAAUCAUGUUUGAUUGAAGUGUUAAAUGAAUGUGGAAAUGUAUUUUUCCCCAGAGGGUUUGCUUAUUGUCCACGCUGAUGAAGAUUUCACUCAAUUCUGAGUCUCUUUAACGCAAAUGUGAGAAACAGGGACUGUUUCCAUUGCCUUUAGAGCUACAAAUAUGAUUGACCAUGGAUUAUGCAAAACUUUAUCCGCAUCACUGAACUCCUGAAAUAUGGUCUUCCAUACUGCUGCUUUAUGAAGAAAAGAAAAGAAAAAAAAAGCCUAUUUAUUGAAAUUAAUUUAUUAAUUUUUAUUUUGUCAUUUAUGUAAGUAUGUAUAGCAAUAUGUGUAAAUAAAUAAUAAUAAUAAAAAACAUUAUAUAUGUACAAAUGAUUUGAAGUUGUACUGAAUAAACGAUGUCCUUCGUCGGAUUUAUAUACACCACAUUCUGCUUCGCUAAUUCUGUAAAACGCU